AUGGCCGCCUGGUCCGGGAGGCCGGGCCCUUGCGCGGGGCGCACGCGUUAAGUUGCACCGCACGUGUAAGAGAAAUUCUCCUUUUCAGAGCGGCCGGGAACCCUGCUCGAGAAGGAGAGCACCCGCGUCGCCGCCGCGGCAGAGCGGGGUUAGCACUCUGAAGCAAUGGGCGACUGGAGCUUUCUGGGGAGACUAUUAGAGAACGCACAGGAGCACUCCACGGUCAUUGGCAAGGUUUGGCUGACGGUCCUGUUCAUCUUCAGGAUCCUGGUACUGGGAGCCGCAGCCGAGGAGGUGUGGGGAGACGAACAGUCGGACUUCAUGUGCAACACGCAGCAGCCCGGCUGCGAGAACGUCUGCUACGACAAAGCCUUCCCCAUCUCCCACAUCCGCUUCUGGGUGCUGCAGAUCAUCUUUGUGUCCACGCCCACCCUCAUCUACCUGGGCCAUGUGCUGCACAUCGUGCGCAUGGAAGAGAAGAAGAAAGAGCGGGAGGAAGAGCUGCUGAAGGGCGACGGGCCGGCUGCACGCUGUGGGUCGGGCGGCCACGGCCAGAAGGACAAGCCACCGGUGAGGGAUGACCGGGGCAAGAUCCGAAUUGCCGGGGCCCUGCUCCGGACCUACGUCUUCAACAUCAUCUUUAAGACGCUGUUCGAAGUGGGCUUCAUCGCUGGGCAGUACUUUCUGUACGGCUUUGAGCUGAAGCCGCUGUACCGCUGUGACCGGUGGCCCUGCCCCAACACGGUGGACUGCUUCAUCUCCAGGCCCACGGAGAAGACCAUAUUCAUCAUCUUCAUGCUGGCAGUGGCCUGCGUGUCCCUCUUACUCAACAUGCUGGAGAUCUACCACCUGGGCUGGAAGAAGCUUAAACAAGGAAUGACCAACUAUCGCUCAGACACCCCUGAAUCCAGGGUGGGAGCCACAAAACCUGGGGGUGUAAGCCCACUCCUUCUCCCCUCCCACUCGGCCCCGCCCACGGUUACCAUCGGAUUCCCGCCUUACUAUGCUCACUCUGCCUCUUCUCUGGGACAGGCCACAGGGGUAGGCUACCCCGAGGCCCCUCCACCAGCAGCAGACUUUGACAUGGCAGCCCUGUCCGAUGUCCCUGGGAAGGACCACCCUGCCAAGUUCUACAACGGCAACCACCACCUGCUAAUGACAGAACAGAACUGGGCCAACCAGGAGGCUGAGCAGCAGACUUCUGCUAGAAAGGCCUCCCUUCCAGCUUCAGGUUCUGCAUCCCUGAGCCCUACAGGCAGCACCAAGGAGCUCCCUCAGGAGGGUGGUGUGGGAAGCAGUGCACCUGGCCUGUUGGAGAAUGGGAACGGCAGCAGCUUGGGAGAGAGCAAAUUGGAAGUGACUCCCGAUGAUGGGGAGGAGCAGCCAGUGACCACCGCAGUGGAGAUGCAUGUGCCUCCCUUGCUCCCAGCAGACCCCGGACGAUCAAGCAAGGCUAGUAAGUCCAGUGGCAGUCGGGCCAGACCCAAUGACUUGGCCAUCUAGUGGUGGUCUCUCCAGACAGCUUUAUAAUAACCUCUUUUCUAGCAACCAAAAACCAAAGUGCAGUUCCAGUCUGCAAGUAGAGAAAGCCUGGAGUGAGAGAGCUCUGGAGUGGAGGAAGGGAAGAUCAACCGGAAGAUAGCAGGUUUCUGUGUGUCCAUGCUUGCUGUUCUUAACACUGUGAGGUAGAGUGGAGAGAACGUCCACGUUUGCUGAGAUGAGGAGGUAGGGGCAAAGUGGGUGCA